CCCAUGAACCCUUGCAUAAACGAUCACCGUGAGAGGACAAACAGCGGAUAGAGCUGCAUUAAACUAUAUUUAUAUAUACAUAUUCAUACACAGGGGCUUUGGGUAACCCUAUAAGAUGAGCAGGAUUGCUGCAAUCCUACGGCGUGGCUUCGGAGUAGUACGCGAGCACGUCGGGACCGAUCAUUUGGGGAACAAAUAUUACUUAAUCCCAGAGCAGAAGACAUGGACAGGAAGGAUUGUCCGUGCCAAGCGGAUAGUAGAAGCAGCCAAUGCUAAAGAAUAUGAAUAUAUGGAAGGCAGCAUUCCGAUGGAGUGGGACGCUUGGAUCCGAGGCAGACGGAAGGAGCCCCCCUCCAUCGAGGAGCUGCUGAAGAACGAGUCCAACAGGGAGCAGAUAAAAACAAAAGCCAAGGAGGUGGAGGAGAAAGAUCGGGCUCUGCUGGCUAAAGAGUACAAGGAGGGUCUGGUGGCGACUCCAGCAAGGACUGCGGCCAAGGGCCACGCAGCUGCCACCAGCUUCGACAAGCAAGAAUUCAACGAGGAACCAACCAGCACUGCAAACGCGUUCCAGCCUGGCUCCUGGAUGCCCACUUCCAAGAAAGACUAAUCCAAUCAACAAAAAGGGGCCCUACAAUAAAAUUACUUGAGAUUUAAUAUUGGAAAUUCCUUCCAGUACAAUGUCGUCAACGUCCCCAUAAAUUUUGGGUGUUUACGUUA